CUUGGUUAUAGUUUGAUAAUUGUUCAAAUUAUUGGACGGUUUUUCUGGACGGUGUUAUGCGUAAUUAAAACAGUUCGUGUAACUUUUGAAAACUUUCAGCGAGGCCUGACUAAUUUAAAAAAUGGAGAAUUCCCCUUGUACCUUCACCAUCAAUCCUGAUCCUAGCCGUGCUGAUCUAAUUAAACUGGGCGCGUUGAGAGCUAAACUCAUUGAUGAAAUAAGGAAGCAAGAUGACGACGUGGUUAAUCGCAUCAGAAACGGUAACCUCCUCACCUGGAUUGAGUUCAAGUUGGGCAAUGUUCAAGCCGCGCUUGAGGCCAACAACAACGUUCUGGAAUGGUCUAACGACAGCGACAUGGCGGCCCUGGCUAACAAGGUCCAUCUGCUACAGCUGACCCACCAAGAUGCCUCGGCUGCUAAAGCUAGACUAGCUGAAGUACACAGACGACUUGGAGCAGCUGGUAUUGCUGCCGCUAAAGCUGACCAGGCAUUUUCGUACUCUAGAAUUGGCGGACCAGCCAACCAACAGAGUACGAUUGAUCUUUACGAAGAAGCUCUACAAACCUGCCCGGACAACGUCCACUGGAAAUUCGGACUUGCCUUGGCCUACAGAAGAACAGUGCACGAGGGCAUGUCGGACUACCAGAAUUUUAAAUCUUCAUUCCAAGAGCGAACCAAGAAAGCUGCCAAAUUCUUGUUUGACAUUGUCCAGUCGCCGGACGCCACGUAUCGUAAACGUGGCUUUGCGGAGUUAUCUUUUCUUAGAGUAAUUGCCCAGGGAAGCAGAAAGUUGCCUUUACAUGAAAUGAAUGUUAUCUUUAAAAACAUGAGCGUUCGCGAUCUUAAACAAGAAUCGCAACGAACCAAAUGAACAUUCACAAGUAAAUGUCCAUUAAAUUCGAAAACAGGAAAUACUUCCAUCAAUUGUUCUUUAGUAACAGAUUGUGACCUUAAUUUCAACGGAAAUGUCAUGUUAUUCAAAAUUGAUUCACACCACUACAUCCGCAAUAAAAGAUUUUAUUAAACCCCUGGUUAGCCUACAUUGAUAAUAAAAU